CACGAUGGCAUCGCCUGUCCCCCCCCUUAUUAUGCUCCCGCGAAGCUCGCACAGCGCGAAACAGAGAUCUCGAAUAGAUGCAGAUGCGCCUGCUUGCAGCUUUUGACUCUGAUGCCGUUGUACAGCCCUACACUCUGUCAAACAAUGUACAGUGACAACAGCCAUGCGCGGUCGGUAGCACCAUGGCCAACCUUUUGCCAUGUUGUUUCCCCCUCGUCGUCUUGGAGAAGGAUCAGCCGGUCCAGCCAAGGUAGCCUAGGGACGGAUGACCACUUGUCUGCCCACAUGGAUGUGCGCUUGGAUUGGGCCGGAAGACUAUUGAAAGGGCGAUGAGAAAACUCACUUUCUUGCACCGUACCCAUGCGUCGGUCCAUCGAUGCAUGUAGGGUGCCUGGAGCUGCGGCGGAAGGGUUCGUCUGCGCCGCGCGGGCGCAUGGACAAGACGCAGAGACGCGCCACCUUGGACCUUGGAGCGCCGCCAUUCCUCUUCCAUGCCAGACCAGCCAGCCCGGAGCCGAUGUCUGCCAACGUUGUACAUGCGGUGCACACCGAGUCUCCCGUAUGUCAUGCACGAGCCCACUUCAGGCGGGCCUUUCGUUCUCGGAACGAGACACGUUACGAUGCCGCAAGCAGAAGAACAUGCAACGUCCUGACGAACUUGUGCUGCGGAAUGCAAUGCGGUCUGCUACACCACCAUGCCUUUUUUUACUUUCGUUCCGGCCGUCUUCGAAUCGACGAAAUACUUGGUACGGAUACGCUUCUCAUGCUUUUUGGGUCUCGAAAGUUCACGGCAUCCACCAGAAUACCACCAAAGCCUCCUUCAAAUUUUCCAACGUCCAGAUACCGGCAAGCCCCAAACACAUCUUUGCCUUCCGUCAAAGUCAAAAUCAUUCCAUGAAGACCAGGAAUGUGACUCGCAACCUCGCCUCGAGGGAAAUGCAACCAAAGUCCAAAACAGCUCUCGAGCCUCCCCAUAAAAAUCCCUUUUUGUCGAAACAAGAUCCAUAGACUGAUGGCAAUCUAUGAUCUGUGGCAUCGGCAUCCACUGCAGGACGGGACCCAGACAAAGGCACGCGGCGAAGUAUUCCCCGGGGCGGUGAUGGAGGAAAAAUGUGACGAGUUUCUCCCCUUUCGCGCUCAGCGCGCCUAGCCGCAAGUGACGGUCAAUGGCACGCACACCACGCAGAAUCCUUCCAGAUAGACUUUUUCU